AUGACCUCCUCGCGCCCUUCCUCGAACUUCGCCCGGUCCCACCGGUCACCGUCCGUUCUAACGGAGCGCCGCGAUGUCCAAAGGCUCUCAGGUCGCUCCGUUACGUCCCUCGACCCAGAUCCGGCCCCCGACGCCGAACCCCCGGCUGUCGCAGAGGAGAUCAGCGAGAUCAAGCGAUACGAGGAUUUCACAACGAUAGACUGGGUGCAGGAUGCAGUACACGAACAGGCGCGGCGGCGAGCUAAGCGCCGGAGCGGCCAAGGGUUCUGGGACCAGGAGGGUACCUUUGGUUGGAGGCGGAAACUAUACGAGUCCUACGAUGCAGGCCAGGCCUGGCUUGUGGUCACUUUGGUUGGCAUGGCCAUCGGAGCCAACUCGGCUUUUCUCAAUAUCAUCACCGAAUGGCUGUCUGACGUCAAGCUGGGACAUUGUACAACUGCAUUUUAUUUGAACGAGCAGUUUUGCUGCUGGGGCGCUGAGGAUGGAUGCCCCGAGUGGAAGCAUUGGACUGGCUUUGCGCCGUUCAACUACGUUAUCUAUUUCUUCUUUGCGAUUUUACUCGCUUUUAUUGCCGCCAUUUUGGUAAAAUCCUUUGCGCCAUAUGCCGCAGGUUCCGGUAUUUCGGAGAUCAAAUGCAUCAUCGCUGGGUUUGUCAUGAAGGGUUUCCUCGGCGCGUGGACUCUUCUGAUCAAAUCGAUUGCGCUGCCAUUGGCCAUCGCAUCGGGUCUGUCUGUUGGUAAAGAGGGACCUAGUGUACACUUCGCCGUGUGUACGGGCAAUGUGAUAUCGAGGAUGUUCGGCAAAUAUAAGCAAAAUGCUUCGAAGACGAGAGAAAUCCUGACUGCCUCGGCGGCAGCCGGCGUGGCUGUUGCUUUUGGCAGUCCUAUUGGAGGUGUGCUUUUCUCAUUAGAGGAAAUGGCCAACUACUUCCCACUGAAAACGCUGUGGCGAAGCUACUUCUGUGCCUUGGUAGCGACCAGUGUGCUGGCGGCUCUGAAUCCUUUCCGCACUGGGCAACUGGUUAUGUUCCAAGUGGAGUAUGACCGCAGCUGGCACUUUUUUGAGCUAAUCUUCUUUGCAUUGCUUGGAGUCUUUGGAGGUCUGUAUGGUGCUUUCGUGAUCAAAUGGAAUCUCUGGGUCGCUGCGUUCCGCAAGAAGUAUCUGGCACCGCACCCAAUCAUGGAGGCCGUGGUCCUUGCCGGCUUCACUGCCCUUAUUUGCUAUCCGAACAUGUUCCUGAGGAUCAACAUGACGGAGAUGAUGGAGAUUCUCUUCCGUGAAUGUGAGGGUGGCCACGACUAUAACGGAUUGUGCCAGCCUUCACAUCGGUGGUCAAUGGUCAUGUCGCUGGCUGUCGCCACCAUUCUUCGCAUCGGCCUAGUCAUCAUCUCGUAUGGCUGCAAGGUCCCCGCAGGUAUCUUCGUUCCUUCAAUGGCAAUCGGCGCUUCAUUUGGUCGCAUGGUUGGUAUCAUGGUCGAGGCUCUGCAUCAUUCCUUCCCCAAAGCCGCUUUCUUUGCAUCUUGUGAGCCAGAUGUCCCCUGCAUUACACCAGGGACCUAUGCAUUCUUGGGCGCUGGUGCAGCGCUCAGUGGGAUCAUGCACCUGACCAUUUCUGUUACGGUCAUCAUGUUCGAGUUGACCGGCGCGCUAACCUACAUUCUUCCGACUAUGAUCGUCGUUGGUGUCACCAAAGCCGUCGGAGACCGGUUUGGAAAUGGAGGUAUUGCAGACCGGAUGAUCUGGUUCAACGGGUUCCCAUUCCUAGACAACAAGGAGGACCAUGUCUUCAACGUGCCCGUCUCGCACGCAAUGACAACGGAGCCACUCACGUUACCGGCCUCGGACUUUCCCGUGCGUGAGGCAGAGCAUCUGCUAAGCGACAACAAAUUCCAGGGUAUCCCGAUUGUGGAAGACCGCAGCAACAAGAUCCUGGUCGGGUAUAUUGGACGCACAGAGCUCCGCUAUGCCAUUGACCGCGCGCGCAGCGAGGGUCUCAUCUCCCCGACAACGCGAUGCGUGUUCACUCAGGAGGCAGCCGAAGCGACCGUCGCGCGACGGGCGUCAGUUCCCUCGCAGGCGGCACGCAGCACGGCGACCCUCGACGCGAUCCAGGAGGGCGUGGACUCGGGCUUUGUCGACUUCUCGCGGUACGUGGACCAUACGCCGCUAACAGUCCACCCGCGCCUGGCCCUGGAAACGGUCAUGGAGAUCUUCAAGAAGAUGGGACCGCGGAUUAUCCUCGUCGAACAUCGCGGCCGCCUAACGGGACUGGUCACAGUGAAGGACUGCCUGAAGUACCAGUUCAAGGUCGAGGCGGAAGAACAGGCCCUGGUGGCUACUAGCUCUGCGGCCUUUUCAUCUUCGCUAGGCGGCCACCUGAAUAAUGCCCCAGAGUCUAUGGAAGAGCGCCUGUGGCGACUCAUCCAGACCGUUGCUGGCUUUGUAUCUGGUAAAAUAGGCCGACGCCCUGUCCGGCUACGCGGCGGACCAAGUCCUUCGGCUCCGGAUUCGGGGAUUUUGGAUGGAACGGAGGAGGACGGGGUUGUGGAGCUGGAGGAUAGGGAGUCUGGGGUUCGGGGACAGAGACAGUAG